AUGGCAACUGACGAUAGGCGACGAAAGAAUGCUCUGAGUUGCAGUGGAUGCAGACAACGGAAAGUGAAGUGCGAAAAGCCCUCUUUCGGUCCUUGUCAGCGAUGUAGCAGGCUGGGUAAACAAUGCCAACUGGGAGGCUCUACCUCGCGACCAUACUAUCACACUUCAAAAGAACGAUACGAACUUCUAGUAUCGGUGGUUCGUCAUUUCGUUCCUUCCGCUUCUUUUGAAACCGAAGAUCUGCGGCAACUAUUAGCCACCCUCAAAGGUCCAGUGGAAGGCCCUCCUGCUCCUUCACCACCGCCUGUUGUGGAUAGCUCAUGUGAUGGGCCCAGCCCGUGGCCGUCGGAGACUAUCACCCAAAUGAAUACACCUCCAGCCUCCUCAACUUCCACCUAUGCUGCCAGUCCGGAAUGUGCAAACGAGGAUUUGGAGAACACCUUGAUGGUAGAUGCUAUGAAUAUUCCUCGCUUCAGUGGCUCAUCUAGUUGCACCAAUCUCAAUGCCAAGAUAAUCUCACAUAUGUCCAAAGAUACCGACGGUCUAUCUCCAUUCGAGGAGAAUGAGUCCCCGCCGUUGUUUGAUGGACAGGUGAUCUCUUAUCGAAAUGCAGACUACCUCCCUAAUCGCAAGUCGCUUGAUCAAGCCGCCGUGAAGUUUUUUGCAGAGAUCAACAGCGUCAUAUAUAUCCUUGAACAGGACAGAUUCCACCUUUGGAUUGACGACGUGUACAGUGGAAAGGGGGUGCGUGCAUCCGUGCUGGUCAUAAUGUACAUGGUCAUGGCUCUCUGUGGGGAUGAGAACCCGAGUUUUGGUAUUGCUCGAUCUUACAUGGAUGAUGUGAUAGAAGAAUCGAGCUUGGAGAGUGUGCGGGCAAUUAUGCUGAUGAGCUUGUACCGCCAAAGAGAGGACCAGCGCAGUGUUGCCUGGGCAAUGCUGGGUGUCGGAAUCCGAAUCUCAAUGUCGCUUGGCCUUCACCAAAAUAUAGGUUAUGCGCACGACAGUUCCAUAUAUGGAUCAGAAAUUAAGCGACGCCUGUGGUGGUCCCUUUGCGAGUUUGACAGCUGGAGUUCUUGCAUGCUGGGACAUACUUCUGGCCUUGGUCGCACGGAUAAUGCAGUUUCUCUUCCUUCGCAGGUCAGAAAUACCUAUCUCAAAUAA